UACCAGGUUUGGCUGGGCAAAAACAACUUUUUGGAGAAUGAACCCUCUGCCCAACACCGGCUUGUCAGCAAAGCCAUCCCUCACCCUGACUUCAACAUGAGCCUCCAGAAUGAGCACACCCCACAACCUGAGGACGACUACAGCAAUGACCUGAUGCUGCUCCGCCUCAAAAAGCCUGCUGACAUCACAGAUGUUGUGAAGCCCAUCGACCUGCCCACUGAGGAGCCCAAGCUGGGGAGCUCAUGCCUAGCCUCAGGCUGGGGCAGCAUUACACCCGUCAAAUACGAACCCGCAGAUGAUCUCCAGUGUGUGAACCUCAAGCUCCUGCCUAAUGAGGACUGUGCCAAAGCCCACAAAGAGAAGGUGACAGAUGUCAUGUUGUGUGCAGGAGAUAUGGAUGGCAGCAAAGACACUUGUAUGGGUGACUCAGGAGGCCCACUGAUCUGUGAUGGUGUUCUACAAGGUAUCACAUCAUGGGGCCCUAGCCCUUGCGGUAAACCUAAUGUGCCGGGUAUCUACACCAAACUUAUUAAGUUUAACUCCUGGAUAAAAGACACUAUAGCUAACAAUGCCUGAAUACCACAUUGUCCC